AUGAUUGCCGACACCUCGUCCAUAGCCGGAUACACCAUCUUUCGGGAAGAGCCCAACGACGCCGCUCCCGAUCUGUCGAAGCAGCCCUUGGCCCAUCCUCUCGAUCAGCUAUCGAUUGAAGAGCUUCGCGUCGCUGCCAAGAUUAUUCGUGAUUAUGCUGCUCCCAAGGCUAUCAAGUUCAAUUGCCUUACUCUCCGUGAGCCCAAGAAGGCCGAGUAUGCUGCCUUCCGCAGUGGAAGUGGCCCCCGCCCAGAGCGCCGUGCCUUUGCCAUUAUCCUCGAGCUGGGCUCAGCCAAUGUGGCCGAGGUGAUUGUCAACCUCAAGCAGUCAGUUGUCGAGAGCUGGACUCCAGUGUCCGAGGUGGCUCCGACCCUGACCCUCGAGGAUCUCGACGUGUGCGAGCAGGUCGCUCUCAAAGACCCCCGUGUCAUCCAGGCCUGCAGCGAGAUCGGCAUCACCGACAUGUCCAUGGUUUUCAUCGAUGCCUGGGCCGUCGGCUUCGAUCACCGCUGGGGCAUGGAGCGCCGUCUUCAGCAGGGCAUCGUCUACUUCCGCAACUCCAGGUUCGACAACCAGUAUGCGCACCCGCUGGACUUCUCAGUCGUUGUCGAUACUGAGAAGGAGGAGGUUCUCACCGUUGACAUUCGUCUCGUUAACGGUGAGCGCACCAAGCCGUCGUUCCUCGAGCACAACUACAUGCCCGAGUUUAUCGGUGACGGCUACAAUGCGCAGCUUCUGAAGCCCAUUGACAUUACCCAGCCAGAGGGUGUCUCGUUCCAGAUGGAUGGGAAUGAGAUCUCCUGGGCCGGCUACAAGAUGCACAUUGGCUUCAACUACCGCGAGGGCAUCGUCCUCUCCGAUGUGCGUAUCCACGACCAUCACGAGCAGCGCGAGCGCACUCUCUUCAACCGCAUCAGUGUGGUUGAGAUGGUUGUGCCCUACGGCAACCCGGACACGCCGCACCACAGGAAGCAUGCCUUUGAUGUCGGCGAGUAUGGCACUGGUUUGAUGACCAACUCCUUGAAGCUUGGAUGUGACUGCAAGGGCGUCAUCCACUACAUGGAUGCCAUCAUGGCGACUGGAUCUGGCGACCCGGCCAUCAUCGAAAACGCCAUCUGCAUCCACGAGGAGGACAACGGCCUGCUCUACAAGCAUACCGAUUACCGCGACGGCACUGUCAUCUCGGCCCGUGAUAGGAAGCUCAUCAUCUCCCAGAUCAUCACGGCAGCCAAUUACGAAUAUGCCUUCUACCACACCUUCACCUUGGACGGGACCUACAAGCUCGAGAUGAAGCUGACCGGCAUGCUCAACACCUACUGCAUGCACCCGACCGAGACCGCCUCCCCCUUCGGCGCCGAGGUCGCCCCGGCCAUCAACGCCCACAACCACCAGCACAUCUUCUCCCUGCGCGUCGACCCCGAGAUCGACGGCCCCAACAACUCCAUCGUGCAGAGCGACGCCAUGCUCGCGGAGGCCCCCCUGGGCUCCGCUGAGAACAUGUAUGGCAACGGCUUCUACUGCAAGAAGACGCCGCUCCGCACCUCCACCGAGGCCGCCGCGAGCUACUGCGCCGAGACGAGCCGCUCCUGGGACAUUGUCAACCCGGGCAGCCUCAACCCCUCGGCCAAGAAGCCCGUGGCCUACAAGAUCCUCAACCCCAACAGCCCGGCCCUCCUCGCCAAACCUGGAAGCAUGGUUUGGAAGCGCGCCGCCUUCGCCCGCAAGGCCCUCUGGGUCGUGCCCUACCGGGACUACGAGCUCUUCCCCGCCGGCGACUACGUCUGCCAGUCCGCGGGCGACCUCGACCACCCCCACAACCCGACCGUCGAGGACUGGGUCGCGCGCGACGAGUCGAUUGAGAACACCGACAUCGUCUGCUACAUCCAGUUCGGCCUCACCCACUUCCCCCGCACCGAGGACUUCCCCAUCAUGCCGGGGGAGCCCGUGAGCGUCAUGCUGCGGGCCUCCAACUUCUUCGUCAGGAACCCGGCGCUCUGGGUGCCGCCCUCGGACGUCGCCGCCGACAAGUCGUCCAAGAACGCCUUCAGCCAGAAGCAGGUUGGCUCCUGCUGUGCCGGGAGGAAGAGCGAUGUGGUGAGCAAGCUUUGA